AUUUUCUUCAAAACGCAAAUAUCGAGAGAACAAGCGGAGGGACCUGCGGGGGAAGAAAGUCCUUAACAGGCUGGAUGAAAUGAGAUCCCCAUGUAGCGAUUACCAUGGAAACUCGUGACUCCCCUUCUCUCUCAAGGCAGGAAAAUGGGCAGCAGAUUUCAAAGCUACGUCAGACGACACAUCUUGAUAAUGAGGUGCCAGAGAAAGUCCCUGGGAUGGAGCCUGACAAGGAAAACUACCCUAUGGACGACAACCUGAGGACGGAGGAGAGCCGGAGAGAGAUUGCAUUGGGACUGAACACAGAGAAUGCAGUAGGCGCUGCCACUAACGAAAUUCCCUGCAACGAAUGUGCCACUUCUUUCUCGAGUUUACAAAAAUACAUGGAACACCACUGCCCAAACGCUCGCCUUCCUCUUCUGAAGGAUGAAAAUGAGAGUGAGGUCAGUGACCUCGAGGACAGUGAUGUCGAGAACCUGACAGGAGACAUAGUUUACCAGCCCGAUGGCUCAGCUUUUAUUCUUGAGGACUCCAAAGAAGGUGGCCAGAACGCCCAGUCGGGGGUCAAAAGCCUCUUUUCCCCAGCACUGUUUUCAAACUACCAAACUGAUGCUGGGGACAAUACUGAGCAGUCUGCCACAGCCCCCAUGUCCUUUUAUCCACAAUUGAUCAAUACCUUUCACAUUGCUUCAUCCCUCGGGAAACCGUUUAUCGCCAAUCAGUCUUUCCCAAAUACCUCAGCAUUAGCAGGAGAUGGUCCUGUGUUGCACAGUUUCCGUGUCUACGAUCUCCGACACAAGAGUGAAAAAGACUAUCUUACAAUUGACGGCUCAGCCAAAAACUCCUGUGUGUCCAAAGAUGUUCCAAACAAUGUGGACUUGUCUAAAUUUGAUGGGUGCAUUAGUGAUGGGAAAAGAAAACCUAUUCUGAUGUGUUUCUUGUGCAAAUUGUCUUUUGGUUAUAGUAGGUCAUUUAUAACCCAUGCUGUGCAUGAUCAUCGAAUGACCCUCAAUGAGCAGGAGCAGAAGCUCCUUAGUAAUAAAUAUGUCUCUGCCAUCAUACAGGGGAUUGGUAAAGACAAAGAACCUCUUAUAAGCUUUCUGGAACCAAAAAAAAACAAUUCUGUGUUACCCCACUUUUCUACUGCAAACUUCAUGGGCUCUGAUCCAGGCAUUUGCAGCCUGUGGAAUACCUUUCACAUGGACAAUGGUGAUUCCCUGCAGGCUGGUUUUGCCUUCCUGAAAGGAAGUGCCAGUUUGGCAUCUUCUGCAGACCAGUCGCCCAGGAGUGCCCAGAUGCCAAAGGCUGAAUUGAACCUUGGGGGCGUGGUCACCUCUGCACUUAAGUCCCCCGUUAGUUCAGCGUCUCUCCAGCACUCUUCGCUCGGGGCUGGGUGCAGGGAUCAGGAAAGGAACUGUGAUCGGCAGAAGGACAUUAGCACUUUGCAUGCGAAUGGCGAGCUCCCCAUCAAAAGUGAGCCCAGAGAUGUCGCUGAUGCUGAGGAGGAUGAUGACAUGUAUUCAAAUGAGCUUGAUGAUGAUGGUGUUGGUGAACUAGGGGAUAGUAUCAGUAGCAAAGAUUUCUCUCUCUUAAACCAAAGCAUUUCUCCUUUAUCGUCCAGUGUGGUAAAAUUUACUGAAAGGGGCACUACUUCCUCUGUGACUGUUGCCAAUGACCUAGAGAAGACAAAGCAAGCCGCUGCCAUUUUGGACUACAGCAAUGAUUCUACUAGUGGAGCCAGCAAAGAUGGGUGUGACUCCAAUGGUGGCAGAGAUGGCACACCGCCAUCUCUUCCUCUUGACCUAAUGCGACGAGAUGAUGAGAGCCCAGGCCCACUGCACCAGCAUGCUGCCACGCCCAGCACCCCUGGCACUCCCGGCCCAGGAGAGGGCUCUCCUGGAAGCGGGAUUGAAUGCCCCAAAUGUGAUACUGUCUUAGGUUCCUCUCGUUCACUCGGUGGCCAUAUGACCAUGGUGCACUCACGGAACUCCUGCAAGACGCUAAAAUGCCCUAAAUGCAAUUGGCACUACAAGUACCAGCAGACCCUGGAUGCCCACAUGAAGGAGAAGCACCCAGAGUCUGAAGGCUCCUGUGUUUAUUGUCGCACGGGUCAGCCUCACCCUCGACUAGCUCGAGGCGAGAGCUACACCUGUGGCUACAAACCUUUCCGCUGUGAGGUGUGCAACUACUCUACAACUACCAAAGGCAACCUUAGCAUACACAUGCAGUCAGACAAGCACCUCAACAAUGUGCAGACACUGCAGAAUGGAGGAACGGAAGCCAUCUACAACCACGCCGCUCCUGUCUCGAACACCAGCCUGAGUGGAUGUGGCACACCCUCGCCCUCUAAGCCAAAACAGAAGCCCACGUGGCGAUGCGAGGUCUGCGACUACGAGACCAACGUAGCACGCAACUUGCGCAUUCACAUGACAAGCGAGAAGCACAUGCACAACAUGAUGCUUCUACAGCAGAACAUGAAGCAGAUCCAGCACAACCUACACCUGGGCUUGGCACCAGCUGAGGCAGAGCUCUACCAGUACUACCUAGCCCAGAAUAUUGGCCUCAGUGGGAUGACACUAGAGAACCAUUCAGACCCACAGUUGAUGAUCAACCCAUUCCAGCUUGACUCUAGCACUGCCGCAGCUCUGGCUCCUGGUCACGUAAAUAAUGAGCUGCCUGCCGAGCUGUGUCUUGCGAGUGGUCAGCUAAUGGGUGAUGACCUGUCCAUCCUCUCUGCUGGGGAGCUGUCACCUUGCAUCAGUGACCCGCUGCUGAAACUCUUCCAGUGUGCAGUGUGCAACAAAUUCAGCUCCGACAGCCUGGAGGCCCUGAGCGGGCACGUGACGGCCGAGCGAUCGCUUCCGGAAGAGGAGUGGAGGGCAGUGAUGGGAGAUGUCUACCAAUGCAAGCUGUGCAACUACAACACGCAGCUCAAGGCUAACUUCCAACUACACUGCAAGACUGAUAAGCACAUGCAGAAGUAUCAGCUGGUGGCCCACAUCAAGGAAGGUGGCAAAGCCAACCAGUGGCGGCUCAAGUGCAUUGCCAUUGGCAAUCCCGUGCACCUGAAGUGCAACGCCUGCGACUACUACAGCAACAGUGUGGAGAAGCUGAGAUUGCAUGCGACCAACCAGAGGCACGAAGCUGCUCUGAAAGUGUACAAGCACUUGCAAAAACAAGAGAGUGUGUGUAACUUGGAGUCCUGCUACUACUACUGUGCGUUGUGUGACCACUCCAGCCGAGCCAAGCUGAACUUGCUGCAGCACCUCCGAUCAGUCAAGCACCAGCAGAGCGAGGGGCUCCGCAAAUUGCAGUUGCACCAGCAGGGCCUUCCACCCGACGAAGACAACCUCGCCGAUAUUUACUUUGUCAAGGACUGUCCUCCGAACGAAUCUGAGAGUCCAUGUAUAAGUGCACGUAUUUGUGAGAUCGAUAUGACAUACAGCCAAAUCAGGUCAAUUGUAGAAGAACCAGGUGAAGACAGCGAAGAAUCCCCACGAGCCUCCUCUCUGGCUGCGGCCGAGGACAAAGACUCGAGCAAGAGGGACUCCAUAGAGGGCAAGACAACAGACAAGGAUCCCAGAAUUAAUAAUCUGGCUAAGGAAACCCUAAGGAAUGCUACAACAGGGAAGCGGUCACUUCAGCAGGAGAAAGAAAAUGACACUCCACCCAAGAGGCCUAAAUCUGCUGAAGAGAAGACACUGUCCAAUGAGCAGGUGCAACAGUGCCCAUACUGUAACUACAGUAACAAGGAUGCAAACCGUUUACAGCUGCACAUCAUGUCUCAGCAUUCCAUGCAGCCUGUCAUCAGCUGCCCUCUAUGUCAGGAUGUCCUCAGCAACAAGAUUCAUUUGCAGCUGCAUCUUACUCACCUGCACAGUGUGGCUCCAGAUUGUGUGGAGAAGUUGCUUAUGACAGUUGCAGGACCAGAUGUUACAGUGCCCAAUAAUUCUUUGCUGCCUGUAUCAUUACAAGACAAAGUCCUAUCUUUGAUUGAUUCGUCAGCUGUUAUCCCAGAGGGAUCUGGAAAACCCUUGGGAAACAACUCUAAGGAUUUGAAAAGCAGCACAGGCCAAGACAAAAGUGAGGUUGAACUUGCUAAUGAGGAACUCAAGCCACCAAAAGAGGCUUCUGAGGCCCCUGAUUGGAAGAAAGCCAGUGGGCAGGACAGGAAGAGCCCAGACUCCCUGCAGGAGCAUCUUACCGAUCUGCAGAGGAGCCAGCAGCUCUCAGUCUCUGAUCGCCAUGUCUACAAAUACCGUUGUAACCAUUGCAGCUUGGCUUUCAAGACUAUGCAGAAACUUGAGAUACAUUCCCAGUACCACGCCAUUCGUGCAGCCACCAUGUGCAACCUUUGCCAGCGAAGCUUCAGGACAUUCCUUGCCCUACGAAAGCAUCUGGAGACUGGUCACCCUGAGCUGAGUGAUGCCGAAGUGCAACAGCUCUGUGGAAACCUGCCUCUAAAUGGUGACAUUGCUGAGAGUGAGAUGAGGGCUCUGGAAGAGGCACAAGCUUUUGAGCAUGAACUAGACAAAGAUGAGGAUCUUGACCAAGAGGGGAAGGCCAGUCCCACUGGAAGUGACGGCAGCUCUUUGCUUGAUGACAUGGGCUCAGAGCCAAAGCGCACCUUACCUUUUAGGAAAGGUCCAAAUUUCACCAUGGAAAAGUUUUUAGACCCCUCACGUCCAUACAAAUGCACAGUCUGCAAGGAGUCCUUCACCCAAAAGAACAUUCUCCUUGUUCACUAUAAUUCUGUUUCACAUUUGCAUAAGCUUAAGAAAGUUAUCCAAGAGGUCUCAAGCCCAGUUCCACAGGAGACCAGCAACAAUGUUGACAACAAACCAUACAAAUGCAAUAUAUGUAACGUUGCUUAUAGCCAAAGUUCAACCCUGGAGAUUCACAUGAGGUCUGUACUUCAUCAGACAAAAGCCAGAACUGCUAAAACGGAGACUAGCACUUGUACCAGUGGUGAUAGCAGUGGAAGUACUUCAGCCAAAAGCCCUAUUCCACUCAAUCAGGGCAACACAGAUUCUGAAAGUCCACCAGUAUCAUCUAACAAAGAAAACACUGUAGAUGCCAAAGAAGUUACCAUGAAACAAACUACUGAUCAUAUCUCUGUGCAGCCCACCCUCCCACCUGCCCAAUCACCAGCACAGCUUCAGAUGCAGCUGCAACAUGAGCUGCAGCAGCAAGCUGCAUUCUUUCAGCCACAGUUUUUGAAUCCAGCAUUUUUCCCCCACUUCCCAAUGACACCAGAAGCCCUGCUGCAGUUCCAGCAGCCCCAGUUCCUCUUCCCAUUCUACAUCCCUGGUGCUGAAUUUAACAUAAGUUCUGAGCUUGCAAUGCAUUCAGCUGCAUUUGGCAUGCCUAGCAUGACAGGAUCAUUCCUAGAAGAUCUCAAGCAGCAGAUGCAGCAGCAACAUCAGCUGGGCCAACAACAACAGCUUCAGCUCUCUCAGCAGCAGACUCAACAGCUGGCCUCCCAGUCUCAGAUGCAGCAAUAUCAGCAGAAAGCACAGCAGCAGAGCCAAAAGACUAAAACUGAGUCCAACCACAUUGCUCUGUCUGAGAUUCAGUUGUCCAGAGAAGCUGAAGAGCACCUAGAGAGUCAGGAGUGCAAAGCAAAACAGGAUAUAGCUAGUGAUACUGACAGUGCAAAAGAUACUAAAGAUUCUAGAAAGCCUACAUUUUCAGAACCUCUCGUUCCUCCACCACGCAUCAUCUCAGGGGCUAGAGGUAAUGCUGCUAAAGCGCUACUGGAGAACUUUGGCUUUGAACUGGUCAUUCAGUAUAAUGAGAAUAGACAGAAAAGCCAGAAAAAGAACAGAGAGGAAGAGUUGACUGACAAGCUGGAGUGUGGUCUUUGUGGAAAGUUCUUCUCUAACAUGCUGAUUCUCAAAAGCCAUCAGGAACAUGUGCAUGGGCAGUUCUUUCCAUAUGUGAAGCUAGAGAAGUUUGCACAGCAAUACAGGGAGGCAUAUGACAAGUUGUACCCCAUAAACCCAUCAUCUCCAGAAACUCCUCCCCCACCUCCUCCUCCCCCUUCUGCUCCAGUGACUACUCUCCCUGCCACUAACUCUGUGGGGAAAUCACAGACACCAUCUCCAGCACCUCUGCAGGCUCCUCAGCCACCACCACCUCCACCACCACCACCACCACCACCACCUACACCACCCACAGCACCUUCUCAAGUGCAGCUCCCUGUUUCUCUCGACUUGCCAAUUUUCCCACCACUUAUGAUGCAAUCAUUGCAGCACCCCGGGCUACUACCACAGCUUGCGCUACAGCUUCCAACAAUGGACUCUAUAUCUUCUGAUCUCACACAGUUAUGUCAACAACAACUGGGACUGGAUCCAAACUUCCUACGGCAUUCUCAGUUCAAGCGUCCUCGCACCAGAAUCACGGAUGAUCAGCUAAAAAUCCUCCGUGCUCACUUUGACAUCAACAAUUCUCCCAACGAAGAGCAGAUUCAAGAAAUGGCCGACAAAUCUGGCCUUCCGCAGAAAGUCAUAAAGCAUUGGUUCCGCAAUACACUCUUCAAAGAGCGUCAAAGAAGCAAAGACUCUCCUUACAAUUUCAACAUUCCACCCAUGACCACACUGGAAGAUAUCAGACUUGAAUCCCAAGUAAACAUGCUGGAGUACUACAGAACUGAUGCUACAGCGAACAAACGGUCAUCAAGGACACGCUUCACAGAUUAUCAACUACGAGUACUCCAAGACUUCUUCGAUACCAAUGCUUACCCUAAGGAUGAUGAAAUCGAGCAGCUUUCCACUGUACUCAACCUGCCAACACGAGUGAUUGUGGUGUGGUUCCAAAAUGCCCGUCAGAAGGCCAGAAAAAGUUAUGAGAACCAAGCAGAUACAAAAGACAUUGAAAAGAAAGAACUGACAAAUGAACGAUACAUCAGGACCAGCAACAUGCAGUACCAAUGUAAGAAAUGCAGUGUGAUUUUCCCCCGAAUUUUUGACCUCAUUACUCACCAAAAGAAACAAUGCUACAAAGAUGAGGAUGAUGAAGUUGGAGACGAAAACUACUCUGAUGAUUUAGCAGAAAACAGUGAGCAGUGCUCAGCAAGGCCAGCUGAACCAGCAAAACACCCUGCAAGCAGCUCAGGCUCCAGUUCUCCCUUAAUGCCUUCACCUCAACCUGAUGUAGGGAAAAAUUCACCAAAACCUGAACUCCUCUAUGACAAACCCAAAUUGGGAGAUAUUGCCCAAAUGCAAACAGCCAAGAGCUUGAGUGAUCUAAAAUCUUCCAAGGCCUCAACCCCACAGCCGAAAGUAUCUCAACCACAAAUGUCAAGAUCCCAUUCCCAGCACCAGUCUACAACUGUCCCUUCAAGUCCUCUAUCCAUUGCACUGUCUUCUCUUAACAAUAGCCUUCCCCCACAGAUGUUACAGUACCACUGUGAUCAGUGCAAAAUCACUUUCCCAACUGGAGAGCUGUGGCAGGAGCACCAGCACAUACAUUUUCUGGCUGCCCAAAACCAAUUUCUGCACUCACAGUUUUUAGAAAGGCCACUGGAUAUGCCCUAUAUGAUCUUUGACCCAAAUAACCCUCUUAUGACUAGUCAACUCCUGUCUGGAGCCUUGUCACAGAUGCCGACUCCAAGCAACUCUGGCCUUGCCUCUGCUGUUAGCUCUAACUCUAUGAAACGUAAAUUAGAUGAAAAAGAUGAUGGGCAACAUGAAAAAGAUGGUCUUAACAGUGGUGAAGAUCAGCACAGAGAUAAACGUCUUAGGACUACCAUUACUCCAGAGCAACUUGAGAUCCUCUACGAUAAGUACUUACUAGAUUCAAACCCAACACGAAAGAUGUUAGAUCACAUUGCUCGUGAAGUCGGUCUAAAGAAAAGAGUUGUUCAAGUCUGGUUUCAGAACACCCGAGCAAGAGAGAGGAAAGGACAUUUUAGAGCAGUUGGACCUUCCCAAACUCAUAAAAAGUGCCCCUUCUGCAGGGCUUUGUUCAAGGCCAAAUCAGCUCUUGAUAGCCACAUUCGUUCAAGGCACUGGCAUGAGGCUAAACAGGCAGGCUUUAGUUUGCCCCCAAGUCCAAUGAUGCCACAAGAUGAUGGAGGUCAAAGCCCUUGUAAGUACAAUUUCUCUGAUUAUAUACAGAUGACCACAAAGACUGAAACAAAUGAAAGUGAGCAACCAACAGCAUCCUCCACUCCAGGGAAACCUUCUGAGAUGCCACUAAAAAACUUUUUGAACUUAUCCUUAAAAGCAGAAAACAUUGAUGAACUUGAGGGACUUAAUAUGAGUUCUGCAGAAGCCUCUUUUGAUGGUAACAAAAUUGACUUUGAUGAGACCUCCUCAAUUAACACAGCUGUAAGUGACAUUACAACUGGCGACGAGACUAAUAAUGAAGUUGAGAGUCUCACAAUUAAUGGGAUUGGGAAAAUGGUUGAGAGCAAAUUGAACCAAGCACAAACCUCUGAGACAAAUGAGGAUAGAUUUCCUUUCAACAUGGUUAGCCCAGCUCUAAGUUUCUCUGGCAAAGAUAGUGAUUACUUCAAUUUCAGAGAUGAUGACCUAGAUGAAAAUGCAGACCAGAGUGAGACUUCGAGUUUUGCUGAUCCAAGUUCACCCUGUCCAUUUGGAGGUUCCAAUCCCUUCAAGUCAGCAAAGGCAGGUGGAGAGAGACCAGGCCACAAGCGUUUUCGAACUCAAAUGAGCAACCUACAGCUUAAAGUUCUCAAGGCUUGCUUCAGUGACUACCGCACACCUACUAUGCAAGAGUGUGAAAUGCUGGGCAGCGAAAUAAGACUCCCAAAACGUGUCAUCCAGGUUUGGUUCCAGAAUGCCCGUGCAAAAGAAAAGAAAUUUAAAAUAAACAUUGGAAAGCCUUUCAUGAUAAGCCAAGGUUGCCCAGAUGGGCCAAGGCCCGAGUGUACUUUAUGUGGAGUGAAGUAUACAGCCAGACUUUCAAUUCGUGAUCAUAUCUUCUCAAAGCAACACAUUGCAAAAGUGCAGGAAACACUGGGCAACCAGGUUGAUCGAGAAAAAGACUAUCUUGCACCUACCACUGUCCGCCAGCUUAUGGCCCAACAAGAACUUGACCGUUUGAAGAAGGCAACCGAUGUACUCAACAUGCCAGCCCAGCAGCAACCUGCAGUGGACAAUAAUGCACUUCAUGGCCUUAGCCUGCCAACUGCCUACCCAGGAAUAUCUAGUCUACCACCAGUGCUUCUUCCUGGUGUUAAUGGGCCAUCAUCCCUUCCGGGUUUCCCACCAAAUACACCUGCUUUAGCAUCUCCUGGUGCUGGCAUGCUUGGGUUCCCUACUCCAGCCACCCCUUCUCCUGCCAUGUCUCUCAGCAGUACCCCAACCAAGACUCUUCUUCAGACACCUCCUCCUGCUCCUCCUCCUCCACCCCCCACACUUCCUCUUCCUUCCACUCCUUUGGCAGCAAAUCAGACUGAGCAGCACAUAAAAGAAUCUGAAAAAGACAAGAAGUUAGAAAAGUUCAAGGUCAACAAAGAAGCUGACACUGCCCGCCCCGAGACCCCAGUUGUGAAGAAAAGGGAAAAGCCCUCUCCGCCACUCUCUAUGAUAGGAAAAUUGGGAAGUGAGGCUUCAGUGGACCCAGCACAACUGCAAGCACUUCAGAAUGCUAUUGCUGGUGACCCAGGCUCCUUCUUAGGGGGACAGUUCUUACCUUAUUUCAUCCCUGGAUUUGCAUCUUGCUUCUCACCCCAACUUCCUGGCGGAGUACAGGGGGGUUAUUUCCCUCCUCUCUGUGGAAUGGAGAACCUGUUCCCCUAUGGCCCUGCUAUGCCGCAGGCUAUCGCAGGGAUUUCUCCAACUGCCUUGUUGCAGCAGUACCAUCAGUACCAGCAGUCCCUCCAGGAUUCCUUACAGAAGCAGCAACAACAGCAGCAAAAGCUAAAUGAGCCGCAGCAGAAAACACCACUUACAAAGUCACGUGGUGCACAGAGCAACUUCGUCAAACCAAAAGAGGCUACCGAAAAUAAGGAUGAUAAAGGCUCUUCAAAAGAAAGCACAAAUGAAGAACCCCCAACAAAUACCAAAAGUUCCGGCUUUCCAGAUGCAUUUAUUGUUCCAUCCAUCAAACAUGAGUUUAUAUGCAGAAAGUGCCAGGCGAUUUUCGCUGAUGAAGACUCAGCAGCUCACCAUCAGAAAUCCUUCUGUUACUUUGGUCACCCUUUUAUCGAUCCGCAAGAGACAGUGCUUCGUAAGGCAGUGAGCAAGUAUAAUUGCAUAGCCUGCAAUGUGUCUGUCAGUGGGAACGAAGCACUUGGCCAACACCUUCAGUCGAGCUUGCACAAAGAGAAAACAAUCAAACAAGCAAUGAGAAAUGCCAAAGAGCAUGCUAGAUUAUUACCUCACUCAGUCUGCUCCCCUUGUCCUAACACCACAUCUACCUCGCAGUCUGAAGCUUCUUCUAAUAACACCUUGCCUCAUCUCUCUCACUUGUCCAUGAAGUCCUGGCCAAAUAUUCUUUUCCAGGCAUCAGCCAGGAAAGCUGCUUCCUGCCCAUCUGCUUCUCCUCCUCCCCUUUCCUUGCCUUCAACGGUUACCUCAACUUCGUGCAGCACCUCAGGGGCUCAAACCUCACUACCCACCGAAAGUUGUUCAGACGAGUCUGACAGUGAGUUAAGCCAGAAGCUGGAUGACUUAGAUAACACGUUGGAAGUCAAGGCUAAGGCGACAUCCGGUCUAGAUGGCAAUUUCAGUAGUAUCAGAAUGGAUAUGUUCAGUGUGUAGGAGUGAAAAACAGAUCUCUUGCUUAAAAGAAAAAAAAGACUUUUAACCGCAGUUCCAAAGUUUCUCUAACCCAAAAAAUUACAGUACCAAAAGAUUGACUCAGGAUUGUUUUUCCCAUAUUGAUAUGCUGGCAAGAUAUUGAUUGAUUUUUGUUAUGGACAGAACUGUUGCAGAUGCUUGACUGAGCUUAUAUUGUAUACAAAAACAUGUAAUAGGAAAACUUUCACAAGUUCUUUUGGAGCUUGAUUCAAGCCAAAAAUUCUCAUGAUAGCAAAUUGCACCUCAGCUGGAUUGAUUUCCAAAUGCUAGCAUGUACUGUAUGGGAUAAUGAUCCAGAACUUUCAAAGAGAAUUUCUCUUAGUUUAGUUAGGUGUAAUUCAGUAGCUUUAAAUUCUCAGGUCAGUACAUAACAUUUCUCAUUUGUUGAAACAGCGAAGAAGCCUGCUUAUAAAUGGCUUUUACCAAAACAUGUCAAGCUUUAUUGGAGGCAUUUCCUUGAUGUGUGUAGUGUACCAAGAGACAAUAUAACUGUUACAGGACAGCGUGCAUAUCCUUUUAGUUUGCCCUACAAAAAGAGUAUGGUUUUACCACUGAGGGAAUUUAGAAAGGUGAAGUAAUGUGUGCCCCUGUGUUUGCCAGUUUGGAUUGCCACAAGCUGUAUUUAUAUACAACACCCUCUGUCCUUGUAGAAUAUACUAAUGAUCUGUGCCAACUCUUACCUUUCUUUUACCUCUCAUCACACCCUUUUCUUAAGAGGUAAUAAUUCUAGUUUUGAUAGACUCUUGAAGAUUAUGUGAAUAGGACAUUUUUCAUUUGUGAAUUGCUAUACUGUUACAGUACUUGCUUGUGUCUGGACUACAGUGCACUUAUUUUUAUUUUAUAUAUAUAGUUUUUUUUUUAUUUGAGGUACACCAUGUCUUAAUUUAAUAGAUAUUGGUUUUCAGUGUUCGUUUGUUAUCUGUCUGUUUGUUUUAAUUAGUAUUUGUGUCUAGUUCAGCAGCAGAUUGGACCACAUUUGUUAGAAAUUUGAAGCCUAACGAUCCAGAGACAUUUAACAAUUGGUGCAUCCAUGAAAGUAGUACUGUAUGCUUGAAACUGUAAAAGUGCAAGUUGGAUAGAAUAUGGUAUGAACAUUUGCUUCAUUUAAAAAAGAAAGCUGCUUUUAAAAAGGGGGGCAAAACGUGUUUUAUAAACAUGAAAUUAUUUUUUCCUGUAUUUGUAGGACUGAAAACAGUGCUACCCCUGUACACUGCCAUAUAGUGGAUAGGCUGUUUCUUCCAUUGUACUCUGGGCACUUCUGUUAAUGUCAUGCAAAUAUUCAAUUUUCCAUCAUGUUUAGUGAUAUGUGGGUUACAAAAUAUUAUCUUACAAAGUUAUGCUGCUACUGUGUAAUGUUUUUGUCUUUAUUUUUGUCAGAUUUGUUUUUAUUUAUUUUUUUUAGCGCUUGCCAUACAUUUUCAGCUUCCUUCUAGGCAGAGUACUGAUUCAUGAAUGACAUUGCUUUACUGUUUUUGUUUUGUUGGUUUCUAUUUCCUUCUUUUUUCUUUUUUUUUUUUUGGCUGUGUAACUUAAAGAAUGUGAACGCUGUCAAGGGUGUUUAAUUUUUUUAUGAAUCACUUUCUGUUUGGAGACAGUUGGACAAUGUGAUUCAUUCCAAAGUAACAGAAGGCUUAAGGUAUGAAAGUAAAAGGCUUGUGAACAAAGAAAGCUAAGUUGUUGUACAUAUUCGUAGUUGGCUGUGCAUGGUACAAAUUUAUUAAUAUGAAGAAA